UUGAUAUGUCAUAUCAACAUCUUCGUAAUAUUUUGUUGUUCAGUUAAGUUAUUUAGAAUGUCUCUGGAUCUAAGUUAUUAUGGAAAGCGACCAAGCCGAAUAUGACAAGAACGGAUUGGCGGCUGACACGUUCUGGAAGACUCCACAGCGAGCUGUUCCGGGCAGACCGUGUCAGAGGGUUGAGCGAGGCGAGGUUAUGUCGGGGUCAUCGUAUCAGCAAUUCCAGGCGUCCGUGAAUGAUGCCUGGGACUUGGGGGAUGACGACAUCAUCUCCGGCAUCGCGGAGACAAAGAUAUCAAAAGCCAUAUCGCAGACUGCAGCUUUAAAUGUUAUAAAUUCUCAUCGGAAUAGUACUAAGAACGUAAACAAAAAUGACGUCAAAGUCGAGAGUGAGAGUAUUAAACCAAGGGAAGAGGCGCUUGCUGUAAGAAAAAAUGAAGUGCGUAAAAUUGGUGUUGCUCCUGGUAGUUCAGGCCCAUUGCGGUACCCGGGACGUCCUCGUCCCGUGAGACUAUCGGCACUGACAUCCCGCGAAGAAAGCAGUGAAUCCAAAUUGGAAAGGUUUCAACAAGUCCUGGAAAGUUCUGUAUUGGACUUGAAUGAACUUAAACAGCUAAGCUGGUCUGGAAUCCCAACUAAGGCCAGAGCUGUAACGUGGCGUCUUCUAGCAGGCUAUUUACCAGCAAAUGCUGAGAGAAGAUCAGAAACAUUGGAUAGGAAAAGAGCUGACUACAAGCAUCUUGUGCGGCAAUACUAUGACGCUGAAAGAGAAGAGGACACAUACAGACAAAUACACAUAGACAUACCCAGGAUGAGUCCACUCGUGGCUCUGUUUCAACAAAUAACAGUACAGGUUAUGUUUGAACGAAUCUUGUACAUAUGGGCGAUACGACAUCCAGCCUCCGGCUACGUUCAAGGUAUCAACGACUUAGUGACACCAUUCUUUAUGGUGUUCCUCCAAGAAGCAGCACCAGGCAAGGAGUUGGACAACUUUCCACUGGAUAGCCUGACGGAACAACAAAGGGACGUCAUAGAAGCAGACUCCUUCUGGUGUCUAUCUAAGUUCCUAGAUAGUAUACAGGAUAAUUAUAUAUUUGCACAGCUGGGGAUUCAGUACAAGGUGAACCAACUGAAAGAACUGAUAAGACGUAUAGAUUUGCCGCUGCACGAACACUUACAGAAGCAUGGAGUCGACUAUCUCCAAUUUUCAUUCCGAUGGAUGAACAAUCUGCUAACGAGGGAGAUACCGUUACCCUGUACAAUACGUUUAUGGGACACCUACCUCGCCGAAUCGGACGGGUUCGCGACAUUCCAACUGUACGUGUGUGCCGCGUUCCUCCUACAUUGGAGAGAGAGAUUGAUAUUAGAGAAGGACUUCCAAGGGCUCAUGAUACUUCUUCAAAACGUUCCGACCCAAAAUUGGACGGAUUCGAAUAUAAGCGUGCUCGUUGCGGAAGCGUACAGGCUGAAGUUCGCUUUCGCGGACGCGCCGAACCAUUUGCACAAUGCCGGCAAGUCGGACAGAUGACCUGGAUUGAAACCGUAACUGGGAACUCGAAACCAAUUGGUCGAAAAACAUAUUCGAAUUUUAAACCGACUACAGCCAAGCCAAGGGGAGAAGUGAUUAUUAAUAUUCGCAUGUCAUCAUCUAGAGUUCAAAACUUACGGUAUUUAAAAUCACAAUCACCUAAAAUGGCGGAUUAUUAUUGACAUCUGUUGAAGGCGUUUAAGUAAUUGUUUGUCUUUCAAAUCAAUAUAUAUUCACUUAGUUCGAUGUGUUUCGAUAAUUCGAUUAUUGAACAGCUCAGUUUAAUAUUUAAUGUUUUAAAUAAAGUUAUGUUCCCAGCAUGUAUUGCUUAUAUUAUACUAAGGAGGGAAUAUUGUAAGAUCGAUCGAUCGAUUGUACGAUAUUCGCAUGUUAAACGGCUAUAACUCUCUCGAAUCGUAGAAGGCGUAAAGAUAAAAACCUUAGAUUUAUAUAUACACACUAUAUCACAUACUCUAUACAAAUAAAUAAAAUUUAAAUGUCUAUCUGUAAUUUCAAAAUAACUGCCUCUUGCGAGUUGGCGGCCAUUUUAAUAAUUUCAAUAUUUUUUGUGUAUAAUUCAUAUAGGCAUUAUGUGCGUUAAAAUGGCUGAUUUUAAAAGAUUAUCCUUACAAAGAGAAUUCAAUUAUGACGAAGCCGCGGGUUUCGUUCGUAUAUAAUAUAUCCAUUCAACUACUUACUUUUCAUUUUCGAGAUAUCGACUAAUGAUAUCGCGUUUAUUUGUCUUUACUCCUCCUGUGAUUGCAAUUGACUAUAUAAUGUUGUUCAGAGUAUGAUUAGCUGUCUUUGUCUUUCAAAUGUAAAAUAAACUAUGUUAGACAGAGAAAUAACUGUUUAACUAAACAAAACAAAAUUUUAUAUGUAAGGCCGUUAAUUAUUUUGAUUUGGUUGUAAUUUUGUUUUAUUUUAAUAAAUACAUCAUUAUUGUAAACUAA